UUUGUAUCCGUAGGUUUAGCGCCACACCACUGGCGGAGCCUGUACAGUGUUUGCGGCUUCUGGUGGUCUCACGCGGCUCUGCAGGAACUGAAGAGGGGUACGUCUGCAUACUCAGCAUACGUGAGGGGUAGGAUGGCAAGGAAUCGAUAGGAGACAACCAAGCAAUUCUCAGCUUCUGUACAUGAAGGAAGAUGGUGUAAUGCUUUGUCGGAUAUGAAGAGUCAACAUCAUUCCCACAGCAGCACCUCCUCGAAGGCUCAUGACAGUGCUUCCUGUUCACAGUCCCAGGGUGGCUUCAGCCAGCCCCAAGGCACUCCCUCUCAGUUGCAGGAGCUCUCACAGUAUCAGGGUUCGUCCAGCUCCUCUACCGGCACAGUGCCGUCCUCCAGCCAGUCCUCGCACUCCAGUUCUGGGACUCUGAGCUCGCUGGAGACAGUGUCUACCCAGGAACUCUGUUCUAUUCCUGAGGACCAAGAACCUGAAGAACCUGGUCCUGCCCCUUGGGCUCGGCUGUGGGCUCUUCAGGAUGGAUUCUCCAAUCUAGACUGUGUUAACGACAACUACUGGUUUGGGAGGGAUAAAAGCUGUGAAUAUUGCUUCGAUGGACCACUGUUGAGAAGGACGGACAAGUACCGGACUUACAGCAAGAAGCAUUUUCGUAUUUUCAGGGAAAUGGGCCCUAAAAAUUGUUACAUCGUAUACAUAGAGGAUCACAGUGGAAAUGGAACCUUCGUAAAUACCGAGCUUAUCGGGAAAGGCAAACGCUGUCCUCUGAGUAACAACUCUGAAAUCGCACUUUCGCUAUGUAGGAAUAAAGUUUUUGUAUUUUUUGAUCUGACUGUAGAUGAUCAGUCAGUUUAUCCUAAGGAAUUAAGAGACGAAUACAUCAUGUCAAAAACUCUUGGAAGUGGUGCUUGUGGGGAGGUAAAGAUGGCUUUUGAGAGGAAGACAUGUCAGAAAGUGGCCAUAAAGAUCAUCAGCAAGCGGAGGUUUGCUCUUGGCUCAUCGAGAGAAGCCGACACAUCUCCCAGUGUGGAAACUGAAAUAGAAAUUUUGAAGAAACUAAAUCAUCCAUGCAUCAUCAAGAUUAAAGAUGUUUUUGAUGCGGAAGAUUACUACAUUGUUCUGGAACUGAUGGAAGGAGGAGAACUAUUUGACCGGGUGGUGGGGAACAAGCGCCUGAAAGAAGCCACCUGUAAGCUCUACUUCUACCAGAUGCUUGUAGCUGUACAGUACCUUCACGAAAAUGGGAUCAUACAUCGGGACUUAAAGCCGGAGAAUGUUCUUUUAUCAUCUCAGGAAGAGGAUUGUCUCAUCAAGAUCACUGACUUUGGGCAGUCCAAGAUCUUGGGGGAGACCUCCCUGAUGAGAACCUUAUGCGGUACGCCCACUUACCUGGCUCCUGAGGUUCUUGUCUCCAACGGGACUGCUGGGUACAGCCGUGCUGUGGACUGCUGGAGCUUAGGAGUUAUUCUUUUCAUCUGCCUAAGUGGGUAUCCACCUUUCUCUGAGCAUAAGACCCAAGUGUCCCUGAAGGAUCAGAUCACCAGUGGAAAGUACAACUUUAUUCCUGAAGUCUGGACAGAUGUCUCAGAGGAGGCUCUGGACCUUGUCAAGAAACUGUUGGUUGUAGACCCAAAGGCUCGGCUUACCACAGAGGAGGCCUUAAAUCAUCCGUGGCUUCAGGAUGAGUACAUGAAGAAGAAAUUUCAGGAUCUCCUGGUGCAGGAAAAGAACUCGGUGACCCUCCCCGUGGCUCCCGCCCAGACUUCCGGUCAGAAGCGGCCCCUGGAACUGGAGGUGGAGGGUAUGCCGAGCACAAAGCGCCUGUCUGUAUGUGGGGCUGUGUUGUGAGCUUUGAAUGUGAAAGAAAUGUGCUUCCUUCCACACUCCGAUUGUCUUCUCCAUCUUGACGUCUUUUUUAUAUAUAUAUAUAUUUUUUAAAAAAUAUAGCCAGGCAGUGGUGGCCCACUCCUUUAAUCCCAGCACUUGGGAGGCAGAGGCAGGCGGAUUUCUGAGUUCAAGGUCAGCCUG